CAAAAAGAGCAUCUAAUGGACUCUUCGCGUCGCGCCCAGGGCAAGAAUGGCUCAACCAACGGCGCCCCGGCCACCAGGAAGCCCAGCACCCGUGUAAAGAAUGUCGUGGACUACGACGAGAAGCGCCACUUUGCCGAACUCACCGAGGAGGUUGAUGCUCAACCCGAGCCCGUUCCCAAUCCGGGCCUGAGUGAGCUCGAGGAGCGCGUCAACGACCUUAGCGAGUCGUGGGAGACCGAGUCUCUUUUUCAGGAUGCUUUGGAGGAUCUGGCCGAGGACAGGUUCUUUACCGACGACCCCGAGGCAUGCACCCCUGAAGAGGCCACCAACUUCCGCCAGAUGUUGCGCUCCGUUGGCCCCACCGUUUUCUGCGAGCGGACCAUCGGCUCCGGCCUCAUCACGGCCAAGAAGCUGCUCACUGCCUUCGGCAUCCGUCCGCCCGCCUUCCUCGAGGGUGCCGACGACGAGGCCUACUACUCGCUGUUGAGCCUCGCCCUCAGCCGGGAGCUCUCCAAGCGGGCCAAGCUGGUGCAGUACAACACCGUCGACGACGCCGUCGAGCUCCUCAAGAAGUCCAACAACAUCAUCGUCCUCACCGGCGCCGGCAUCUCCACCUCGCUCGGCAUCCCGGACUUCCGCUCCAAGGGCACCGGCCUCUACUCCAAGCUCGAGCACCUCGGCCUGAACGACCCGCAAGAGGUCUUCGACAUCAACGUCUUCCGCCAGGACCCCUCCAUCUUCUACUCGGUCGCGCGCGACAUCCUGCCCAGCCAGGAGCGCUUCUCCCCCACGCACGCCUUCAUCGCCCUGCUGCAGGAGAAGGGCAAGCUCCUGACCAACUACUCGCAGAACAUCGACAACCUCGAGGCCAAGGCCGGCAUCAAGCCUGAAAAGCUGAUUCAGUGCCACGGCUCGUUCGCGACCGCCUCCUGCGUGAAGUGUGGCCACAAGGUCCCCGGCGAGACAAUCUUCCCGGAGAUCAAGGCCGGCAAGAUCCCGCGCUGCCGCCGCUGCGCCCAGGGCAACCGCACGACCGCCAACAGCAGCGGCAGCAGCGCCAACGGCGGGCGCAAGCGCAAGGUGCACCGCGACGGCACCGAGAAGCGGAUCCGGCGGCGGCCGGGCGACUACGACAGCAACUCGGACUCGGAGUUCGACCACGCGGCGCCCGUCAUCACGGGCGCCUGCGGCGUCAUGAAGCCCGACAUCACCUUCUUCGGCGAGCCGCUGCCGGACGAGUUCGCGCGCCGGCUGACCGAGCACGACCGCGACCGCGUCGACCUGGUCGUCGUCAUCGGCACCAGCCUCAAGGUCGCGCCCGUGUCCGAGGUCGUCCCCUUCCUGCCGCCCCACGUGCCGCAGAUCUACGUCAGCCGCACCCCCGUCUCGCACGUCAACUUCGACAUCGACCUGCUCGGCGACUGCGACGUCGUCGUCGCCGAGCUCUGCCGCCGCGCCGGCUGGGACCUGCGCCACGAGAUGGUCCCCGACGGCCAGGUCGUCAGCAUCACCCCCGCUGACGGCUUCAGCAGCCGCCAUGUCUUCACCCAGGUCAGCCCGCCCGUGGUGAAGGCGGAGCCACCGCCGGCGGCGGCUUCUCCAGAGGGGGAGGAGGAGAAGGGCGGGAAGGCUAGUGAGGGGGAUGGUGAGGAGGGGGAGAAGCAGAAGAGGGAAGGCAGGAGGGGCGAGAGGAGGAGGGCGUGAUCGCCCACAGCUUUUGCUUGUCCGUUGUGUUGGACCUGGUGUUGCCUUUUUUCCCUCCCAUUGUUUCGCCCUUUUUCCUGUUUUCCUGUUUCGCUCCCCCGAGAUGUGCAUGAUACCCUGUGUUUUUGUCUUCUCCAUUUUUCCUAUCUGUCCAAUUCAAGUUCUUUUCAUCUCGGCUUUCUCCUCCACCAGCCUCCUUCAAGACUACCUUUCCAACUCUUUCAACCCCGGGCAAGAAGGCCGUCUGCCCACGGCAAAAGAGUCCCGGAUUGCUUGCCAUGUUGGGCCUGACUCUGUUCUGUUUUAUCUUUUCCCUCCCUUGUGGGAGAACCUGCCCGUUCCACUGUUCCGGGAGAGUACUUUUGCGACUGCGUUGAGCACAGGAUUGGCGCUGGGACUAUCUCAUGGCCGGCCGUUGACGGGUGAUAAUUUAUCAGGCUCAGCUCGCAGGGAGUUGACACUUUUAAUCAAAACUGGCUGUAAACGAACCAGGCAAUUAUACUUAGCGGGUGGGCUAGUUGGAGGAGGGUAUGUUUACAAUGUGUGAACCGAGCAAAGAUGUUUUUCUCUGA